GUAUGGCGGCUCGUUAUCGGGCAGCUGUCAAUGACAUAUUCGUUUGCUUCGUGUAAAUUUUGUGAUGUUAGAUUUCCAAAUCCGUCUGUUUAUCAAUGAAUAUGGUUUACACUAACAGAUAAUGGUUAUACGUGUUUUUUGGCUAUUUUACUACAAACUGUAAUAGUGUUUUAUAAGUAAAUUAUUGUGGUUUUUGUUAUAAUGGAGGAUCUCAGUUUGACAGAGACCGAAAUGAGAUAUUUCGGUGAUUUGUUUUUAUGUUGCGACGAAGAGUCCAACGGCAAAAUACCGAUAUUAAAGGCGACAGAGUUAUUUAGAUCAUCUAAUAUACAAAAUGAUAUAUUGCGACAGAUCAUGGAUAUUAGCGUGGCGCCUAACACUUGUGCAUCUUUAAAUCAUAUGAAUAGAAAGCAGUUUUACUCAGCCCUAAAAUUGAUAGCAGCACAUCAAAAUAGUGUGACUUUGAAGCCUGAACUUCUGUCUACACCUUUGGACCUCCCACUACCUAGGUUUCAAUGGACUCUCAAUUCCGACGCCAAUGCAGACCUAAUUCAGUUAUCAAAUUCUCCUAAAGAACAACAUAUUUCUAAGAGGGAAAGAAAUUUUGGUGGAAACCUUGGAGCAUAUGAGCCAAUACGAGUAUCCUCAAAUUUGUCAGAUAGUGACGCUCCACCAACACUAUCGCAUGACAACACUGAAGCUCUGAGCACAGAUUCAGAAAUGGAAUCUGAAACUAUGUCACAAAGAUCAGGGUCUAUUGGGAGAAGAGCAAAAGCUGGAUCUCCGUGGAGCACUGCCAGCGAGAGCCCUACCCCCACCAACAGUGUGGCGGAGAGGGUGCACCCAGCGUGGGAGAACAGUAUCACAGGCCGAGGCGUCUGGCCCACAAACACUACUGAGGAGCAUACAAGGCUAUUAGGUACGGAAGAGGAGUCAUCUGAUCGCCACUCGUCGGAGGAGGAGGGCGAGGAUGGCGACAGCGGCGAGGAGGUGUUCGCGAUCACCGAGGUGCAAGCGCGGCAUUACGCGGCGCAGUUCGCGCAGCUGCGGCCCGAGCACGGCCUGCUGUCCGGGCAGACUGCCAGGUUAUUUUUCGAAAAGUCGCGCUUGUCGGUCCCCGACCUACGGAAAAUUUGGCAACUCUCCGACAUCACCAAAGACGGUAUGUUAACACUCGAGGAGUUCAGUAUAGCCAUGCACCUGAUCGUCCUGAGGCGGAACGGCAUCCCUGUGCCCGACGCGCUGCCCGCCUGCCUCGUGCCGCGCGUCGACUCGCACUUCUCCCAGCAGGCCGUCACCACCGACCUCGUCGACCUCGGCUCCGACAUGUUCGGCUCGGGCACCUCGGCGGACUUCAACUUCGCGCCCAAACCCGAAGUCAACGACCCGUACGAAAGCAAACCCGUCAAAAAGUCCGAGGAGCGCCAACCUUCCCUGUCCCCGCCUAAACCCGAGCCGCAAAUCAACAACAAAGAGUGGACGAAAUUCGUAGACUCGCCCACGUCGAGCGUCUCGAGUCCGGGGCCGAAGCCUGUGAACUUCGACUUCCACAAGUCCGCCCUCGAGAGGGAUCCCAAGAUAUUUCAUCCGGUGGCGCUGAGAGUCACGCCCGACGCGAACACGAUUCCGCACGACGGCGAACUGCGGUCGAGCACUUCGCCGCGCAGAGACGACUUCGCGCACGCGUUCGAACUCGCGAGUCCUAAACGGCUGAACUCGCAGCCGCCGCCCGACCAGCCUCCGAAUGGCGCGCCGGAGAUCAAAUCGAUUCAACGCCCGCAGCCGAAGAAGCCGGUGAAGAACGCGGGAGUGUUGCCCCCGCCGCCGGCGAGGGAGUCGUCCGUUCACGCGGAAGAGGGUCCGCAGUCUUUACAGUACGCGCCGAAGAAGGACCCUCCUCCGCCGCCGCCGCCGCGACCGCUGCGCAACCACACGCGCUCGAGUUCCCUAGAUCUGAAUCGUUUCAAAGGCGCCCCGGCUCCGCCGCCGCAGCCGCCCCCGAGGAUGUCUCCCUCCGCGACGUCGCCGCCCGCGCGCCGUCUCGUCAACCAGCGCAGCGAAGGCGAGCCGGCGUUUCCGCCGGACGCGUUCGCGCCGCGCGAGUACGAGGGCGAAGGCUUUGGGUACAACAGGGAGGACGCGCCCAAAAUGCACGGAGCGUUCGAGGUUUACCGUAAACCGUCGCGGGAGUCCUCCUGCGAGGCGGAUCCGGACGUCAAGUCCCUUCAGGAGCAGAACGCGGUGUUGCACCGCGUGUGUCGCGCUCUGUGCGCCGAGCUGGCCGACGUGCAGAGGGAGCGCGAAGGCUUGCGCGUUAGACUCGACACGAAUUCGACUCCAGUCUAGUCAUCCUGUUCAUUGACUUCCUCAUUGUCUUAGGUAUAGAUCUGGCGUGACUAAGCGGUCGUUCUGAUCCUGGUACGAGAUGGGAAGGAGUUGUUGCGUAGCGACUAACUCUUGUGACACACUCGUUUCUUUAGAUAGACCGACCGAGAGUGUCGCGAACUUUGAUGGCAAUUCGACUUGUAUAUUACUUGAUUUGUUCGUCCUCGUAUACUUUAUACCGACCUAAUCGUGUAAUCUCAUACGAAAUUAUAAAUUUCCUUUCCUCUCACGACUACUAAUUAUAUUUAAACUCAUUGCGUUGUAUUCGAAAACGGCUUAAGUGUCUCUGGUCCUAAUCUAAUCAAGCUAUGCUAAUUAAAUGUAUUGACUUUUGAAAUAUUGAAUGUUAUUAAAAAAUUAUCGACAUUUAAGAUUGCGAAUUUAGUUUUAGUGAUGCAUAGAGAUAUAAGCGUUUAAUCGAAUCCCAUAAUUUUUGAACACGCCGAUUAUGAGCUUCGUACGUAAAAAUUUAAAAAAAAAGAUGCUUUAUCACAAAAAAAGAGGCUAUAGUAUUUUUCUAACAUUUUGUAUUUUAGCAUUUAAUUUUCUGAUGCAUGCAAGUUCACCUAGAUUUUUGACUAUACACUUACAUCUGUAUUCUACUGAUAUGUCUGAUUAUGAUCUAAAAAGCUUAUAGUGAGUGUCGUUUUUUUUUUAUUUAAAUCGUAAAUAUGUCUUGCUCACUAUAAAAUGUAUAUUCCGUUCCAAACCAACUAUGGAUACAGAUGUUCUGUGUAAGCUGUAUAAUUUACAUUGGACCGGAGUCCUUGGUAGCUAAAAAAUAUUUAAAAAAAUCAUAAUUAAUUUAUCAUUUAUAAUAUAAUCUAAAUCAAAAUUUAUUAAUGGAUUGGUUGAAUGAAAAUCUACCUCAAAAUUUUUACAUUAAUGUAGUAGAUGCUUUGCUGAAGAUUUCCAUCAUUUGAUAGGUAAUUACACUGAAUUCAUAUUAUAUUAAUGUAAAUUAUUUUAAUCUGAUCGUUUUUCUUGUUAGGCCUAACAUGCAACCCGCGACCAGACAUUUCUGCUGCCAUUGGUCGACUGUCUUAUCUCUUCACGAGAUUUAUAUUGUAGGUUGUAUGUUGCUAUGGUCAGUUAAAGUCACUUAACCUUUUAAAACUUGUUCGGUUCAUAUGGCUCAAAUAUAUAUUAUUAAGAAUCAACUUAAAAUGUGUUUUUUUCAUUAUAAAAUAAAUAAAUAAAUAUAUAAAUAGAUGAGUUUUUAUAUGGUUGAUUCUUUUUUCUUUUUUUUUUACAAAAAAAAAUUCAUAAUAUUAAUAUAUUUUGUUAUAAUAUAAUUAAUAUUUUUCAAAUGUAGUUGUGAUGCAUAAUUGUAUGUGAAUUUUAUGUAAUGAGAUUAUUUUAUCAUUUAUAUUGGUCCUGCUACAAAGUUAUAUUACAUUAAGUAUACAAUGUGUUUAUGUAUUGUACGAGUAUAUAAAUUAUUAUUAAAUUACCUAAAUUGCUUUGGAAUUUUAAUGUAAGUAGUUAUUUUUAUAAAUAUUGGAAAGAAAAAUGGCGCUAGAGUUGCUUGACUUGCAUUCCUCGUUUAUUUUAAUACGCUUUGUUGUAAAAAAAAAUUAUAAAAAAAAAAUACAAUGAAAUAAAAAUUUUAACUAAAAUAAUAUGUGAAUGUUGUAUAUUAUCGUUAGGGUUAGCUUAUGUAAAAGAUGGAAAGACUUAAGAUUUUGAGAUGCGGUUUACAUGGGAUUUGUAAUUUGUAUGUAGAUAGGAGAAGUUUGACGUCAUUGCCAUUAUAAAAAAAAUAUUACUUUAAAAAUACCCACAUCUGGCAACUACGCUGAUAUAUUAUUUAAUUACAAGUCAGCUAAAAAUAAUACUAUGUUUAGUAUAGUGAAAAAACAAAGUGUGAAACAAUUUGUAUAAUAUUAAGAUUAAUUGUCAAAGUAUUUAUCAUUUUAUUUUAGUCGUAUUUAUAAGAAUAUCAUUCUUAAUUAAACAAUUUAUCGAAGGCCAUGUAAAUAAUUUCGUUUUGUCCCACUGCAUAUAUUUCUUUGUGUACUAAACUUGACUUCACAAAUCUGUCGGUCCAAUAUUUUGUGAAACUAAUAAUGUUCACCAUUAUAUUUACUUAUUUAUGUUACGAUAUACAGUAAUGCAUAUUAUUAUUGUAGUAAAUUAUGUACAAUAAAAUAAUUUCAAAAUACAUA